AUGGUUUGUUCUCUUAAUCUUGCGAAUGGUAAAUCAUGUCAAAAAAUAUACACCACUUUCGGCAGUACUAGCAAUGUUAUCCAACAUCUUGCAAGUAUUUAUGCUAUCAUUGAACAAGGAAAACUUCAUAUCAAGUCUAUAAAAAGUGGAAAUAUUAAAGAUAUGUUAGAAAUGCAAAAUCAACAACAUUUUCUUAAUUACUUAAAUCUGAACUACAAAUUACCAAACGAAAAAAAUCUCAAACUUUUAAUUCAUCAAGCAUAUGAUUGGACUGAAGGAUCGAUGAAAGAACUUCUUUUGUCUUCCGCUAAUUACAUUUCACUCACCACUGAUUUAUGGAUGUCUCGUGCCAAACAAGAAUAUAUUG